AUGCACUUCUCUACUCACGUUGUUGGCGCCUUGGCCAUCGCGGCUGGCACUGCUAGCGCUGCUGAUCUUCAUCAGAGGGGAGACACUAUCACAACGACCAUCUGUGAAACUAGCGUGAUCCAUGUCCCUCAUGCUACCUCCCCGGCUGGCCACCCCGAGGCCCCUGUUGUUCAGCCUGUCCCGACUGGUCACCCUGAGGCUCCUGCUGCCCAUCCCAGUGCUCCCGCGGGUAAGCCCGAGGAACCGGCCCACCCCAGCGGCCCUGCUGGCAAGCCGGAAAUUCCUCACCAAGGCCAGCCUGAAGCUCCUGCUGGACAACCUGAGGCUCCCGCUGGACAGCCCGAAGCCCCUGCCGGACAGCCUGAAGCUCCCGCUGGCCAACCUGAGGCUCCCGCUGGCCAACCUGAGGCCCCUGCCGGACAGCCUGAAGCUCCCGCUGGACAACCUGAGGCUCCCGCCGGACAGCCCGAAACCCCUGCCGGCCAGCCUGAAGGACACCCCGUGAUCCCCGUGAUCCCUAUCCCCGAGCCCAGCGCCCACCCGGCCAACUCCAGCGCCCCUGGCUCCAAGCCCAGCGUGCCCAUCAUCCACACCAGCCCCCAGGCCACGCCCCCUACCACCCAGGCGCCGCACGCGACUCCCAGCGUCUCCGUGCCUAAGUACCAGAACUCGACCACGCCCAAGUUCCACAACUCGACGACCCCCAAGUCCACCGCGACGGGCGGCCAUGGCGGCGGCAACGGCGGCAACGGCGGCGGUAAUGAAGGCGAGGUGCCCAAGCCCACGGCCACCGGGUUCACUCCUGCCAACCCAGGCUCGAAGGUCAUUGUUCCUGGCCUUGCGGUUGCGGGAUGUGUCGCGCUGGGUCUGCUUCUUGUGGCUUAG